AUGGCAGACGAAGAUUUCACAUCCCCAAAGCCAUUUCGGGUCAUUGUUAUUGGGGCCGGUAUUGUCGGCUUGUCGCUCUCACACGCUCUACAACUAGCCAAUAUCGAACAUGUCGUCCUCGAAAAGCACGACAAGAUUGUUUCACUAAAAGGCGCAGCACUGAUUAUCUGGCCGGCUGUCGCACGCAUCUUCGACCAAUUUGGUAUUCUCGAUAGAAUCACCAAAACCACGUCGCCCGUCGAUGCCUCUUACAAACGAUGGCCAGACGGGAGUUUGAUCUGUCGCGAUGAUACUAUGCAGGCUGUGAGCAAACUUAUCCUGUUCGAUCGCCAAACUUGCGUGUCGCACCUAUACGAGGGACUACCUGACAAGUCCAAAGUUCACACCGGGAGGCGCCUUGAACGUAUCGAGCAAACCGAUACGGGUGUACGUGUUCACCUAGCCGAUGGCUCUACCGAAGAAGGAGACAUGGUCAUCGGCGCAGACGGUGUACACAGUCACGUCCGGAAACUCAUGUGGGACCACGCCGACAAGUUCGAACCAGGCAGCAUACCCGAAACCGACAAAGAAGUAAUGUCGUUCGGCGAAUACAGAGGUUUGUUCGGCGUCAGCACGCUACCGGACAAUGCUCAACUAGGCACCUCCAAUACGAAUAUGAUUCUCGGCCAAGACGUUACCAUGCUUCUCUUUUCGCAGAUGGGGAGGGCUAUGUGGGGUAUCACCUUCAAAGACGAAUUUCAAAAGGCAGAGCAGAAAGGUAAAGCUACUGAGGCAGAGAUUGAGGCGGUGGCGGAGAGAUUCGCCGAUCUUCCUAUGACAAAAAACAUCACACUGGGCGAUGUAUGGAAGACAAACGAGCGACACGGUCUUCUCUAUGUCGAAGAAGGCGUCCUGAGUAAAUGGCAUGCCGGGCGUAUAGUUCUCAUGACAGCCGACCUCGGCAUGGGCGCCAACAUAGCCGUCGAGUCCGCCGUCCACCUCUGCAACAUCCUGCACCGCGAAUUCGCCUCCAACCCCACUCGUCGCAUCUCCACCCCCGAUCUCGCCGCCUUGUUCGCCGAAUACCAAGCCGGUCGCCACGCACGAGCAAAAGAAUACGUCGAGACCAGCGGCAAGCUCACGCGUAUGAACAGCUACCAGUCACGCUUUAAUUACUUCUUUGCUGGGUAUUUGCACAAGUACAUUGUGCCAUCUCAGAAAGCGGGGCUCAUCGAAUCGUUGUCGGUGGCGCCUAAACUGGAUUAUGCGCCGACGAGGACGAUUGAUGAGAGUGCUGAGGGGUGGCACUGGAUGGAGACGCAAGAGAUAAAGAAAGGGAAGAAGGGUGGUUGGUUCAAGUACAUGGUCUUGACAUCGGUUGUGGGGGUGACUGCUGCGUAUAUGGCGCGUGCCGGGGUACCAGCACUGCUGAUGAAGUUGACUGUGUAA